CCGACUAAGAAAUUCAGAGCAGGCAUUGCUUUGUAGCACACAAGUUCAACAGAAAAGUAACGACAGAAGUUGAAAUGGAUCAGCGUUUGCAGCGACGACGUCGCGCGGCGAAAAAGAAACAAAAGUCUGGAUUAACCAAGCUGCUGCAGGAUCUGUCGCCCAAUUUUCGGUUCUCCACCAAAUAUGCCCACCUGGCCUGCGAUCAGUUGGUGUGCCUGCUGUUGCCCUUGGUGGGCUUCUUCAGGGAUUCGGCGCGGGUGAUCAAGCGCUGCACGAAACCGGACCGGCAAGAGUUUCGACGCUCCGCAUUGGCCAUCACCGUGGGCUUCCUCAUAAUGGGCUUUCUCGGCUUUAUUAUCAAACUGCUUCACAUACCAAUCACUAAUAUUAUUAUGGGCUAACCUGGGGGCCAGAUACGCAAAAACAACUGUAGCUUAUAACAGACAAAAAAUAAAGUUUCAAUUCAAUUGGCAGCAGA